AUGGGGCUGCGAGGCGGGUGCUCGGCGUCCCGGAGCCCGGGCGUCCUGCAGCUGCUGCCGCUGCCACUGCUGCUGCUACUCCUGGGCGCCUGCGGGGCUGCGGCGCAGGGCGAGGCGGGGGCGCCCACCCUCUACCUCUGGAAGACCGGUCCGUGGGGCCGGUGCAUGGGAGACGACUGUGGCCCAGGAGGCAUUCAGACCAGGGCGGUGUGGUGUGCCCACGUGGAAGGAUGGACAACACUGCAUACCAACUGUAAGCAGGCGGAGAGACCGAAUAACCAGCAGAAUUGUUUCCGCAUUUGUGAUUGGCACAAAGAAUUGUACGACUGGAGCCUGGGGCCCUGGAAUCAGUGCCGGCCAGUGAUUUCCAAAAGCCUGGAGAAACCCCUCGAGUGCGUUAAGGGGGAAGAAGGCAUCCAGGUGCGAGAGAUAACGUGCCUCCAGAAAGACAGAAACAUUGCUGCGGAGGAUAUCAUCUGUGAGUACUUCGAGCCCAAGCCGCUCCUGGAGCAGGCCUGCCUCAUCCCCUGCCAACAGGAUUGCAUCGUUUCCGAGUUUUCGGCCUGGUCCGAGUGCUCCAAGACCUGCGGCAGUGGGCUCCAGCACCGGACGCGUCACGUGGUGGCACCCCCGCAGUUUGGCGGCUCGGGCUGCCCGAACCUGACGGAGUUCCAGGUGUGCCAGUCCAGCCCGUGCGAGGCUCCGGAGAGCAGGUACAGCCUGCACGUGGGUCCCUGGAGCGCGUGCUCUGUGCCCCACGCGCGGCAGGUCAGGCAGGCCCGGAGGCGCGGCAGGAACAGGGAGCGCGACAAGGACCGUGGGAAAGGAGUGAAGGAUCCGGAGGCCCGGGAACUUCUCAAGAAGAAGAGGAACAGGAACAGGCAGAACAGACAGGAGAACAAAUACUGGGACAUCCAGAUUGGCUACCAGACCAGGGACGUUACUUGCACCAACAAGACUGGGAAAGCGACUGAUCCGAGCUUUUGCCAGCAAGAGAAGCUACCCUUGACCUUUCAGUCCUGUGUGAUCACCAAAGAGUGCCAAGUGUCUGAGUGGUCGGAAUGGAGCCCAUGCUCCCAAACUUGCUAUGAUACGGGGUCACCUAAAGGCACCCGCGUAAGGACACGCACCAUCAGGCAGUUUCCUAUUGGCAGCGAAAAAGAGUGCCCAGGACUUGAAGAGACAGAAUCCUGUACGUCCCAGGGAGAAGGCAUCGAGCCCUGUGCCAUGUAUGACUGGCGAACCACUGAGUGGACAGAGUGUCGGGUGGACCCUUUGCUCAGUCAGCAAGAUAAGAGGAGAGGGAACCAGACCGCCCUCUGCGGAGGAGGAGUCCAGACCCGAGAGGUGUACUGUGUGCAGACCAGUGCAAACCCCCUCUCCCAACUAAAAACCCAGAGAGACAAAGAAGUCUUAAAACCCGUAGACCUGAAAUUAUGCACUGGUCCAGUCCCCAAUACUACACAACUGUGCCACAUUCCAUGCCCCAUUGAGUGUGAAGUUUCACCUUGGUCAGCUUGGGGACCCUGUACUUAUGAAAACUGUAAUGACCAACAAGGCAAAAAAGGUUUCAAAUUGAGGAAGCGGCGGAUUACCAAUGAACCGACUGGAGGCGCUGGAGGGACUGGAAACUGUCCUCACUUACUGGAAGCCAUUCCCUGUGAAGAGCCAUCCUGUUAUGAAUGGAAAGCAGUGAGGCUUGGAGACUGUGAACCGGAUAAUGGGAAAGAGUGUGGUCCAGGCACACAAGUUCAAGAGGUUGUGUGUAUCAACAGUGAUGGAGAAGGAGUUGACAGACAGCUCUGCCGAGAUGCCAUCUUCCCCAUCCCUGUUGCCUGUGAUGCCCCAUGCCCAAAGGACUGUGUGCUCAGUAUGUGGUCAGCCUGGUCCUCCUGCUCACACACCUGCUCAGGGAAGACCACAGAAGGGAAACAGAUACGAGCGCGGUCCAUUCUGGCCUAUGCAGGUGAAGAAGGUAGAGCUCCCUGCCCAAAUAGCACGGCUUUACAAGAGGUGCGCAGCUGUAAUGAGCAUCCUUGCACUGUGUACCACUGGCAAACCGGCCCAUGGGGUCAGUGCAUUGAGGACACCUCAGUAUCAUCCUUCAACACAACUACGACUUGGAAUGGGGAAGCCUCUUGCUCCGUCGGCAUGCAGACAAGAAAAGUCAUUUGUGUACGAGUCAAUGUGGGCCAAGUGGGACCCAAAAAGUGCCCCGAGAGCCUUAGGCCUGAAACAGUGAGGCCCUGUCUUCUUCCUUGUAAAAAGGACUGCUUGGUGACACCAUAUAGUGACUGGACUGCAUGUCCCUCCUCGUGUAAAGAAGGGGAGUCAGGAGUCAGGAAGCAGUCUCGGCAUCGAGUCAUCAUUCAGCUUCCAACCAAUGGAGGCCGGGACUGCGUGGACCCUCUCUAUGAGGAGAAGGCCUGUGAGACUGUGCAAGUGUGUCAGAGUUACAGAUGGAAGACUCACAAAUGGCGCAGGUGCCAGCUGGUCCCAUGGAGUGUGCAGCAGGGCAGUCCUGGAGUCCAGGAAGGCUGUGGUCCAGGACGACAGGCAAGAGCCAUUACUUGUAGAAAGCAAGACGGAGGACAGGCUAGCAUCUUUGAAUGCUUCCAAUAUGCAGGCCCUGUGCCAGCCCUCACCCAAGCCUGCCAGAUCCCCUGCCAAGACGACUGUCAAUUCACCAGCUGGUCUAAGUUUUCGUCAUGCAAUGGAGACUGUGGUGCUGUUAGGACCAGAAAGCGCACUAUUGUUGGAAAAAGUAAAAAGAAAGAAAAAUGUAAAAAUUCUCAACUAUACCCAUUGAUUGAGACUCAGUAUUGUCCUUGUGACAAAUAUAAUGCACAGCCCGUGGGGAACUGGUCAGACUGUAUUUUGCCAGAAGGUAAAGUUGAAGUGUUGCUGGGGAUGAAAGUACAAGGAGACAUCAAGGAAUGUGGACAAGGAUAUCGUUACCAGGCAAUGGCAUGUUACGAUCAAAAUGGCAGACUUGUGGAAACAUCCAGAUGUAAUAGUCAUGGUUAUAUUGAAGAGGCCUGCAUCAUCCCCUGCCCGUCAGACUGCAAACUCAGCGAGUGGUCCAACUGGUCACGAUGCAGUAAGUCCUGUGGAAGUGGUGUGAAGGUUCGCUCUAAAUGGCUACGUGAAAAACCCUAUAAUGGUGGAAGGCCGUGUCCCAAGCUGGACCAUGUCAACCAGGCUCAGGUGUAUGAGGUUGUCCCAUGCCACAGUGACUGCAGCCAAUACAUAUGGGUCACAGAGCCGUGGAGUGUGUGCAAGGUGACUUUCGUAAACACAAAGGAGAACUGCGGAGAGGGCGUGCAAACCCGCAAAGUGAGAUGUAUGCAGAACACAGCAGAUGGCCCUUCUGAUCAUGUAGAAGAUUACCUCUGUGACCCAGAAGAGAUGCCUCUUGGCUCUAGAGAAUGCAAACUGCCAUGCCCAGAGGAUUGUGUGAUAUCUGAAUGGGGUCCAUGGACACGAUGUGCUUUGUCUUGCAAUCAAAGCAAUUUCCGGCAGAGGUCAGCUGAUCCCAUCAGACAACCUGCUGAGGAAGGAAAACCCUGUCCUGAUGCUGUUGAGAAGGAGCCCUGUAACCUGAACAAAAACUGCUACCACUACGAUUACAACGUAACAGACUGGAGUACAUGUCAGCUGAGUGAAAAGGCAGUGUGUGGAAAUGGUAUUAAAACAAGAAUGUUGGAUUGUGUUCGGAGUGAUGGCAAGUCAGUUGACCUGAAAUAUUGUGAAGAGCUUGGCCUGGAGAAGAACUGGCAGAUGAAUAUAUCCUGCAUGGUUGAAUGUCCUGUGAACUGUCAACUGUCUGAUUGGUCACCUUGGUCAGAAUGUUCACAAACAUGUGGCCUUACAGGAAAAAUGGUACGAAGACGAACAGUGACUCAGCCUUUUCAGGGUGAUGGAAGACCAUGCCCCACCUUGAUGGAACAAUCUAAGCCUUGCCUCGUGAAGCCCUGCUAUCAGUGGCAGUAUGGCCAGUGGUCUCCGUGCCAAGUCCAGGAUGCCCAGUGUGGAGAAGGUACCAGAGUGAGGAACAUUUCCUGUGUUGUGAGUGAUGGGUCUGUGGAUGAUUUCAGCAAAAUAGUGGAUGAGGAAUUCUGUAGUGACAUCGAGCCCAUUGUAGAUGGUGACCAAAAAAUGAUUUUGGAGGAAACUUGCACACAACCUUGCCCAGGUGAUUGUUAUUUGAACGAAUGGUCUUCUUGGAGCCUCUGUCAGCUGACUUGUGUGAAUGGAGAGGACCUUGGCUUUGGUGGAAUACAGGUUCGAUCCAGAGCAGUGAUUAUACAAGAACUGGAGAAUCAACAUUUGUGUCCAGAGCAGAUGUUAGAAACAAAGUCAUGUGAUGAUGGCCAGUGCUAUGAGUAUAAAUGGAUGGCCAGUGCUUGGAAAGGCUCCUCUCGAACAGUGUGGUGUCAAAGGUCAGAUGGUAUAAAUGUAACAGGGGGCUGCUUGGUGAUGCGCCAACCUGAUGCUGAUAGGUCCUGUAAUCCCCCAUGUAAUCAACCCCACUCAUACUGUACUGAGACAAGAUCAUGCAGUUGUGAAGAAGGGUACACGGAAGUCAUGUCUUCUUAUGGUACACUUGAGCAGUGCACACUUAUCCCCGUGGUGGUGGUACCCACGGUAGAGGACAAAAAAGGAGAUGUGAAAACCAGUCGGGCAGUGCAUCCAACCCAGCCUUCCAUUAACCCAGCAGGAUGGGGAAGGACCUGGUUUCUACAGCCAUUUGGGCCAGAUGGGAGACUAAAGACCUGGGUUUAUGGUGUAGCAGCUGGAGCAUUUGUGUUGCUUAUCUUUAUUGUCUCCAUGAUUUAUCUAGCUUGCAAAAAGCCAAAGAAACCCCAAAGAAGGCAAAACAACCGACUGAAACCUUUAACUUUAGCCUAUGAUGGAGAUGCAGACAUGUAA